CAUGGUGGAACUACAAUUCAAAAGGUUGAUGUGGUCAUUAUAGUUGCAGGAUGGUACGGACUCAUUGCAGCCAGGACGUAUCUUCGAUUGCGUCCUAAUAUCGAAUUGCUCAUCAUUGAUUCGGAUUCAACCGUCGGAGGCGUUUGGAGCAAAGACAGACUUUAUCCCAACCUGGUGGCGCAGGUCAAGCUCGGACUCUUCGACUACUCUGACACGCUGAUGCCACCCUAUGGCGGAAAUGAGAACUAUCCCAGGGUGACUGGCGAUAUGAUACAUGGGUAUCUGCAGUCUUACGCAGAAGAGCACGACCUCCUUCGUCGCAUUAGAUUCAACACAUUUGUUACAAACGCCGUCCAAAACACCGGCGGGUGGCGUCUCGAGCUGGAAAUAUUGGACCACGUCAUUCUGGCUGAAAAGCUGAUGGUUGCGACCGGAGUCACCUCGAUCCCUCCAAUGCCAGAAUUUCCCCAGUCAGGGGAAUCUAUCGGAUCCAUUCGCGAGAUUUCGUCAGCGUAUGAUGCCGUAUGUCUGCUGCUCAAGAUGGGCAAAAGAGUGACGUGCGUGAUCCGUACUGAGGGCGCUGGUCCUCUGGCCAUUCUUCCAUUCAAGAUCCUGGGUGCAGUAAACGCCAUUGCCUUCGCAUCCACACGGCUCAUGACGUUCCCAAGCCCUUCAAUCCUCAACACAGAGGGCAUGAUGCCUCGGCUUUCCCAGAGGACCAAGCUAGGUCGCUGGUGCGUCGGACGAUUCUGGGAGUUUCUCGAUUUGGUAAGCCAGAGACACGCUGGCUACGGAGCUGGCGACCAUGUGAAGAUGCUCAUGCCUGAGAUUGAGAGACAAGGUGUGUUUUGGGCCCAUGCUGGUCUUGGCGUCGUUACACUGCCCGAUUUCUGGCCGACGCUUCACAGCGAACGCUUGUCUGUGAUUCGGGAUGAGCUCGUCGAGACGAAAGACAACGCGGUGCUACUGAAGCCUGCAAAGUCCAUUAAGACCGACUACAUCAUCUCGUGCACUGGUUGGGGCGAUCACUUUGGCAUGUUCGACCAACAGCACAAGUCCAAGAUCGGACUUCCUCAUUGGUCUACUGAGGACGGUGGCAUCAUUAACUGGAAAAGCUACGAUGCAACUGCGGACAAAGAUGUCAACCGACAUCUACCAUUCCUCGUUUCAACGCCCAAGCUGGCGUAUGAUGAACGCUUGUCACUAGAUCGUCAGCACAAAUGGCGUCUCUAUCGACGCGUGGUACCUGUUGAAAUGGCCGAUGCCGGCGACAGAUCCCUCGCUAUUAUGGGACAAAUUCACACGGUUCAAACGCCACUGGUAUCUGAGGUCCAGUCUCUCUGGUCCAUAUUGUAUCUCGAGGGCGAGAUCGAACUCCCGGACGCGGGUUCCAUGGCCAAAGAAGUAUCACUGUGGAAUGCGUGGACACGAAAGCGGUAUCUCGGACAGGGGCAAAAGUUCCCUUACUCGCUCUACGACUUUCUCCCAUAUAUUGACUUGCUGUUCAAGUACAUGGGACUCCAAAGUCGCCGCAAGUCCAACUGGGAUUCAGAACUGCUCAGCCCGUACCGACCAAACGAUUUUGCCGGUUUUGUAGACGAAUAUCUUGCUCAGAGAAAGCUCAAGACUUCCUGA